AUGCUGGACGAUGGAAUAGCCAGCGAUACCUCCAGGGAGCAGUGGGCCCUGGAGGUGCGGGUGCUGGAGUUGUACCGACACCUGGAUGCCAGACUCUUGGACGGGGACGACGGAGCCCUAGAAUUGUAUCGUGACAAGCAUGCAAAGUUCUUGAGGAAGGGACUUGGGUGCCUGAAUGCUGGAUUUCUGGGCUUGGAUGCAAGUCGUACAUGGCUGUGCUACUGGAUCCUGCAUGGCCUGGUGCUGCUGGAGCGGCCCUUCCCCGCCCAGCCGGACCGAGACUCCAUCAUCACCUUCCUGGCUUCCUGCCAAGAUCCAGAGGGAGGCUUUGGGGGAGGCCCCUACCAGCUACCCCACCUGGCUCCCACAUACGCAGCUGUGGCGGCGCUGGUGACGCUAGGGGGCCCGCAGGCUCUGAGUGUUAUUGACCGUCCCGCACUGAUGCGAUUCCUCCUUCGCAUGUGCAUCCCUCCCGAGCAAGGCGGCGGCAUGGUCAUGCACGAUGGGGGCGAGGUUGAUGUGCGGGGCUGCUACUGCGCCCUGGCGGCCUGUCACAUGCUGAACCUUGAUGUGCAGACCCUGGCGGAUUGCUGCGGCAUGGUCGACUUCAUCCGCCGCUGCCAGGCGUGUCAGGGGAAGAGCUACGAGGGAGGGAUCGGGGGGGAGCCCGGCAACGAAGCCCACGGGGGAUACACCUACUGCGGCCUGGCCGCGCUCUGUCUCCUGGACAGGUGCCAGGCGCUGGAUAUCCCCAGCCUCGAGUCCUGGGUCGCGGCGCUUCAGGCUCCCUUUGAGGGGGGCUACGCGGGCCGCACCAACAAGCUGGUUGAUGGCUGCUACUCCUUCUGGCAGGGGGCGGUGCUUCCACUGCUGGAUCGAUAUGCGCCCUCCAACGCACGCGCCACUGAGACCCGUACUGAGCAAAGGCCGGACCAGGACCUGUCGCCGGAGACCCUGGCGGCCCGGGCGCUGGUGCACUCGCUGGCCGUGCGCUUGGAAGCCGCCGAGAAGCUGGAGGCCGAGGCUGAGGCGGCCUACUCCUCUGCCGUGCAUGCGCAGAACGAUGCCGCCGUCUCCAACCUCCAGCAUGCCGCCCGGACGGCACAACACGCGUCCCAGAGGCUCCGAGAGGGACUGGAUCGGGCCCGGAGCCAGGUGGCGGCCGUGGCGCAUGGCGCUGCCGCGCUGGUGGCGACCGGCCUGCCCGGCGCCCCGGCGGCGGGGCGAGACGUAGCGCAGAGCUCCGUUGGCGCCCAGUCCCUCCAGGUGUGGCUCCUCGCGGCGUGCCAGGAGCUGCGCGGCGGCAUGCGCGACAAGCCGGGCAAGGCGCCCGACUACUACCACACCUGCUACUGCCUGGCGGGGUUGGCGGUGAGCCAGGCCUGGUCGGGCGUCGUGGUGGGCGGGCCGUGCAAUGCGCUGCCGACCGUCGACCUGCGCUGCAACGUGCGAGCAGACGCGCUGGCAGAUGCACGGGCCUGGUUCUCGGGGCGGUAG